AAAUUCCCUUGACACCGGCAAGAUGUCCGCCACCACUGACGUGAUGUGUUUCGUCGAGUCGAUCAAAGUUUUAUGAUCAACAAAGGUUGGUGUUUAGUUUCACAGUGACAAAAUGAGACUUUAUUGGACAGCAUGGGGUAGAUGAUGGUGAAUUCGAAAACCCCAUUCAUCAAGCGAGCGACUCAAUUUCUUAGUGAAGUGCUUCCAAAGUGGAAAAGUUUUAGUUUUAGCGACCAAAUGAAGACCAAAAAUUUCUAUAUAUGUCUCCUAUUCAUUGCUGCUACUUCCACUUCUAUAUGGCUCCUGUCCAAUCCCUCCCCAAACCUGCAUACCAUCGUCACGCAGACCCACAAACAAAUCAACAACAUCAAAAACAUCCCAACUAACAUAAGGACUUCUAAUGAAGAGGAAUUAAAAGUGGAUCAUGUGUACCUGGAACGACUUGGAUUUUACGACAAGGAGGCUAAGGUUGUUAGCAGUGAGAUGAAGGAGACGCCGAUCAUUGGGACCUCAGCAUUGCCAGGCCACUAUGAAGAAGCUCUCAAGUUUGUUAAAUCUACCCAAAAGAUUCUUCCUCAACAAAAAAUUCUUAUCUAUGAUCUGGGAAUCAGUACGACAGAAUCUCAACAGAUGGUUAAGUUCUGCAACAAGACGAGGACAUGUAGCCUAAAAGUGUUUCCGUUUGAUAAAUUUCCAUCACACGUUAGAUACCUGGAUACCAAGAGUUAUCGGCCCUUGGCUGUACAGGAGACACUUAAGGAAUAUGGAGCUGUGAUAUGGCUGGAGCCGCCCGAACACUUCACCACCAGCAAGCUCAAUAAGGUAUUAGCUCAGGCACAAAAGGAGGGAAUCGCGGCCUGGACCAUCCAGGAACCUGCCUCUGCUCUUAUCCACCCAAAGAUGUUCAAAUAUUUCAAAACCAAGCAGAAUAAUUACUUCUUUUUAAGGGCAGCAAAAGCCAACCAGUUGAUUAUUUACAACACAGAGAAAAUACGACAAGAUUUGAUGUUACCAUGGGUUAAAUGUGCGUUAACAGAAGAAUGCAUAAAUCCCACAGGUGCUCAGAAUUUUGGCUGUAAUUAUGAUCUUAAACCUCGUUUUAGGUACAUGGGCUGUCAUAAAUAUGACAUGGCCGCCCUUAAUGUUAUUCUGGGAUUAAUGUUUGACUUUUCUGAGUCGCCGUACGAAGUGGAAGAGGAAAUCUUUGGUGUUUUGGUGACGGAACAGAAUGGGAAUUCAACUUCUCCACGAUAUGUUACCCGGGACAAACUCACUCAGAUUAGCUAGUCAGUACCCACAGAACACAAUGUAAUGGUAAAAGUUGGAACAAGCUGUGAAUUAAUUUUAUUGCCAGGUGUUAUGUAUUAUAUCUAGGAUGUUUGUGCUUUACUUUUCACAAUAUGCUAAUUGAAGCAGACCCUAUCAAAUUAUAAAAAAAAUUGGGCAUAAAAUGGGAAAAGUACUAAUCUUAAAGAACAAAUAGGGAAUUUUAAGUCCAGCAGACAGGUAAAACCACUGACACUAGCUUGUCUGUCAAUACACCUAUAACUAUAUGUUUAUUCACAGACAAGUUAGGCUAAUGCCUGUGGUUUAGACUUCUCAUGUAGAGUAGAGGAAACAGGUAUAUGGGUAAGAAUUAUCACACAAUUUGUAUUUUGAUUCAAUCAGAUCAAUAAAACUCGUUUAGGUAUAUCGGUCUGUAUCAGGAUAAUGGUAAGAUAGGGCACACAACAUACAAUGUACAGUAUCAGGUAACUCGGUCUGUAUCAGUAUAAUGGUAAGAUAGGGCACACAACAUAGAAUGUACAGUAUCGGGUAACUCGGUCUGGAUCAGUAUAAUGGUAAGAUAGGGCACACAACAUGCAAUGUACAGUAUCAGGUAACUCUGUCUGUAUCAGGAUAAUGGUAAGAUAGGGCACACAACAUACAAUGUACAGUAUCGGGUAACUCGGUCUGUAUCAGUAUAAUGGUAAGAUAGGGGACACAACAUACUAUUUACAGUAUCAGGAAAGAAAAACAAUGCAAUUAUUGAAACUCCCAUACAACGCACACUUUGUUUGUAGCCUAUUAUGUUGAUAUUCAUUGUUAUAGUUUCCUUAAUUGAAAAUGGUAAUUACAUCAUUGAUUAUUCUCAUUAAAUUUCAUAAAAAAAUCGUCAUUGAAUCAUGUUUACUGGAAUGAAACAAAACAAAAUUGUUAGUAAUUGUUUUGCAAAUUUUCUUAAUAAAAAGUAGAAGAAAAAAUGAGAUUUACAUUUAAAGGAAUUAACUGUGUUCAUAUAAAGAUAGACUUGGAUUUUCUUACUUCUGCUUUUUGUUGAUUUUGGAUGUAUUGAAGAAAUUUAUUUCCAUAAAAAAGAUGAAAAAACCCCAUUAUUAAAUGACAAUUAAGUGCUAUACAUCAGUUUGAGCACUGAGAUGAACUCUUAAAUUGCAUUAGUUAAAUGUAUUUCAUAAAAAAUCUCACAUGGUAUUUUGUCUUUAUUUUUUUUAUUGAAAAUGUUUCAGUUUUCAUAUUUGUUUUUAGUCGUAGUAGGAAUUUCUUUUAAUCAUCAGUUCAUUUUAUCGUGUUCUGCUUAGGAGGGAAAGAUAUGCAUCGCUAAAAUAAGAGUUUUCACUUGUUGAAAUAAUGAUAAAAGACAGGUUGAUAAUUAAGAUUUGUCCAUUAUUUAUUUGGUGAGUUUGUAGAAGGUAUCGGGUGAGUUUAUGUAAUGGUGCUUUGUCCGUUUGUCAUCUGUUGUGCUUCAAAUUUUUGCAUGAACUACUGAGAAGAUUUUAACCAAAUUUUGAUGUAAAGUAAUACAAUUAGAAGGGUUGACCAUCCAUUGGGUAGAGGGGUGGGGUCAAAAGUCACCGGAUCGGCUGAUAAACAAAAAUUGACAUCUUUUUUCAAAGUACAUUUGUACUCACUAGUGGAUUUCAACCAGAGUUUAGUGGUAGCAUGCUUAGCCCAUGGGGCUCUGAAUUGAUACAAAUGGAGGGGGUAAAGGUAGGGUAACAAUUCCAUUAACCCUCUGCCUCAGGCAGAUAGAUUCUAUGUCAGGACUUGUGACAGUUUCAAUAUUUACUAUAACAGUAGGUGGGCUAGAAUUAUUUUCUAAAUAUUCCUGCAGUUCUAAAGUACUCUAAAUAGGCAAUUGUAUACCCCUGCAAAAGGUCACAUUUUCUUAUCUGCUUUAAAUGACUACAUCUCCAAAACUACUGAGCAGAUUUAAACCAAAUGGUAGUGUAAGCAUGCUUAUCCCCAUUUGGAUCUAAAGUUUCACAAAUGAAGGGAUUGACCCUCCUGAGGGCUAAGGCAAAAGAUGUAGUUUUGAAAUAUUUACUUUAAAUGGCAUCUCUUCCCAAACUAAUGGACAAUUUUUACCUAAAUUGUUGUGGCAGCAUGGGUAGUGUCCUUAGCCCAUGGGGAUCAAAACUUAUAAUGACCUUAACAUUCCUGGAGCUGACCUCCCAAACUCAUGUCCUCAUAUAAUUGUAUUAACUUGAUUUCCAAAAUAGCCAGGUGAGCGAUUUCAGGCUCUUUUGACCAAUUGUUUAGCAUGUGUGCUGGUGUGUUACACAAAUGUGUUACAUAAGUGUAUUCGUCCCAUAUUUAUUUUAUGUGUGUUAUAAAUAAAGGCAUUACUCAUCGUUACUGUCCAAAGCUUAUUUGGUUUUUAUCUAGGCUUUGCAUGUAUUCGUCUGAUGUUUAUUUAGUAUACUUGAAUAACACGUUAUGUUUUACACAUCAACGCCCCUUUCUCGCCAUUAUACACAAGGCUUCCUCACUGGUUUUUGUUGUAAAUAUAGAGGUGUGGGUGCCAUGUUUAGUGGUAAAAUUAGACUUUAUCAAAAAUAAAAGUUUGUUUUGAAUGAAAAAUGUCCAUGAAGACUGUGAUAUCAGCACAUGUUUUUACAGUAGAAGCUGUUCAGAGAAACCAACACUUUAACAAUAAAAGUGGUUUCAAAAGUGACUUCCUUAGCAGGUUCAUUAUAAUGCAACUCCUCGGCAGAUCAUGAGUGGAGGGAAGUUUUGAACCUUUGUUUUGCACUUCUUAUGUAUCAGCAGCACAAUAUUGGAACCCCCCCCCCCCCUCCAUCCCCCUACAACACAGACACACUCACAUCUUUCCUAGAAAGCUGUUUUAAGAUUCACCUCUGCUUGUAAUUAUGUAGUUCUAGAUUGCUAUUGGUCAAAUAUGGUUUUGGUAGUAUAUGAUGAUCUAAAGUUAAGUGAAGUAUACAAAAUAUUGACUUUCAACUAAAGGCCCAUAAAAAGCAUAUUUUACAAACAGUAGUUAUGAUUAUACCAAUGACAUGUUUACACUCAAACAAAACCUACCAUAAAGCAAUGUAUGCUGUAAGUAUUGUUACUGUGUGUGGGUGUUCUGAAAAUGAUCUUAGUACAGUACUAAAGUAGUCUGUAUUGUAAAUUGUGUCCACAAGUUAUCUCCCCUUAACAUAAUUUAUCUGUAAAGCAAACAUAUCAUGGCAUAUUAUGACAUAGUUUCCUAGGUGAUUGUAAUACCCCAAAUAAUUCCAGUGUUUCUUAACCAUUCACAGUUGUCUUUGGUGACCUAGACCAAGACUAUCAGAUUUUAAAAGGAAUUGUUUAUAAGUAUAAUUUUCAGCAUUGAUUAUCUAAUAUUUGGUAAUAUUGAUUAUAAACAGUGUAAUUUGAAGCCAUGUUGACUUGUUCAUGUAGCCAUCCAAGAUAUCCGGCUUGAUUGCAUCAGUAGCUCACAUAUCCUUGAUAUUCCAGAGGUUAAGCUCACUUACAUUCUGGGGCCCCCUGGGAUAUCUUGUGACCAGAUCGGAGACAUGUGGCUAGCUAUUUGGUUGGUUUCAGGUAACAAAAUCUCGCCAAUCACCACAAUGUUAUUUGUCCUUUGAAUAUUUCAGAAGCUUCAAAGUGGGUCAAUUUUAGCAUUAUGUUGCUGUGAAAUCCUUUAAUGUACAUCUGAUGAUUAACUAACCUUCUUGUAUCAUCAACAAGGUGCCACAUACAAAGCAUCUGAUAUCGUCAUGACAUAUUCCAGGAUUGCAGAGCAUGUAAGUAAGCCUAACCCCUGAAAUUCAAGAAUGUAUGUAUGUAUGGUGUCGAGGAUAUGAUGUUUAAAGAUUACUGCAGAAUUUGCUAAUAUGAGAUAUAGCAAUUUCUGUUCAGUAUCUUUUGAAUGUUUUGCUGUUACCAUCAUGAUUUAAAAUUUAAACUGAAUACUGUUUUAUUCAGAAAUCUAUAGAAAUCAUACAUUUAAUAUAUCAUUGUUACUUUAUCUGUUAUUUUGUAAAAGAGAAUGUCCAAACUAACAUAUAGGACCCUAUGGUGCUUAUUAUAGCAAUACUGUAUAGUUGCUAAUAUUUAUAAGGGUUUUAAAUUUGCAUAUUUUUCAAAUGUGUUAAAUUCACGAAAUUGGAAGCCUCGUUAAUAUUUUGAGAUCCUCGUGUUGUUCGUUGCUAGUAGUAACAAGCACUUGGAACUCUUUGCGAGGAGUUCCAAAGUAGACUUACAGAAAUUAUGAUUUGCGAGAUUAAACCCCCAUGAAUAAGUUCUGGACACAAAAUCAGGAACUUUUAAACCAGCAAAAUUUAACAACUUUACGGUAUUUAGUUCCUAUGGUGUUUAAUUAACUAACAGUGUGGUCCUGUGGUGUUUCAUAAAACUUGUUGUCAAUUCAUUGAUCAUCUUCCACAAUGAAAUAAUCAGAAGAUUAUGUAUGUAAGGUUCGUGUCAUAGACUGUGAUUGCUAUAUUACCACAUGAUAUUAAACAAGUUAUCUCCCUUUAUGUAAAAAAAAAUUAGUCAUGUUAGGUAUUGGGGAUAUGGAAAUUCUGAUUCGGAUUUUUAUUUUUGUUGAAGAGAUGAUGUCACAUUUCAGUACAAAUAUCACCAAGGCACGGAACAUUUUUAACUCAAAUUAUUUGCUUUUUUGUUAGAAUUUAGAGAAUGGUAGUUUACAAACAAGAGAUCACUGGGUGCCCCUAUUUUGUAUGUGGGAUCCUGCAUGGGUAUCCCUAGUGAACCAUGUAGAGUUAGGAAUACAUCAUUACAUGCUUUUUUUGUUCAUAAUAAUAGCAAACAAUAGAAGAAACUUUAACAAUGACUGCAUGUAUUCCAUAUUUUUUUUCAAUCCCGAAGUUUCAGAUGUUAAGCACUAGGCAAGUAUUCUCGAAAAUUGCUUACAAACUUGAUGGUGGUGAGGUCAUUAUUCAAUUUACUUCUCCAUACAAUUAUUUUUCUGAGUUGUCUCCCCUACUUGAGAUAAAUUGCUGCUUCAUACAAUUGUUUUACUGGAUUAUCUCCCCUGAUUGAGAUAAAUUGCUGCUUCAUACAAUUAUUUUACUGAGUUAGCUCCCCUAAUGCAGAUACAUUAAUUCUCCCUUAAUUUUUAUACUUUGCUAAUGAGUUAUAUACCAUGAUUGAUUAAUUUUACAGUCUAACAUAUAUAUCAAACAUUAUCAUAAUUGGUUCAGUAUAAUGCACUAUUGGGUUAUCUCCCAUUUGUCCCUAUUGUAUAUAUAUAUAUAUUACAGAAAAAUCAAUAAAUAAAUCAUUCAUCAAGCUUUUUAAGGACAGCAAAAGUACAGGGGCCCGUUAAUUAAACUACAAAAAAUUCUGCUCAAAUGCAACAGUGACAUUAUGUUUCAAGCAAUUUUCCUGCCUGCUUUUUCUGCUUAUGUAUAAACAAGUAUACAGACAACUUAAAGGCCGGGUAUUUUAGUAGACUUUUGUUUUAAAUUUCCUGUUUAGAUUUUUUUUGCUCAUAUUUUUAUUUUCUUAGAUUUUACCUUUUUUGUAGACGUUCUCCAAACUGUGGUAGUUGGUCUUCAUUCUAGACAAGUCGGUGAGUUUUAUAAUUUCAAUGUUUUUUUAAUAGAUGGAGUUACCAAGGUGCUUGUAAAUAACUAACAAGUUAUUUGUGGAAUGUGCGAGUGGGCAUCCAUCAAGCCUCUGACCAUGCUAACUGUUGCUGAACUAGUGAAGGUGUCCCAGGGUUAUACCUUAUUGGUGGAAAAGCUAGAUUGCCAGUAAGGCAGUAUUUUCCUUGCAUAUUUCUUUGUCGUUACAUUUGACAAACAAUUAGAUUCAUAUGUCAAGUAUUUUAUUCUCGAUUGAUAGUUUAAACACGAUUCCACAAUUGCCUGUUACCAGGUAAAUGAAAUCAUGUCCUGCCAAAGUUAAUAUAAAGGUCAUAGGUCAGUGUACUCCAUUACUGUCCUGUCAAAGUUCACAUGAAGGUCAUAGGUCAGUGUACUCAUUCACUGUCCUGUCAAAGUUAACAUAAAGGUCAUAGGUCAGUGUACUCCAUUACUGUCCUGUCAAAGUUCACAUAAAGGUCAUGGGUCAGUGUACUCCAUUACUGUCCUGUCGAAGUUCACAUAAAGGUCAUGGGUCAGUGUACUCAUUUACUGUCCUGUCAAAGUUCACAUAAAGGUCAUAGGUCAGUGUACUCCAUUACUGUCCUGUCAUAAAGGUCAUAGGUCAGUGUACUCCAUUACUGUCCUGUCAUAAAGGUCAUAGGUCAGUGUAAUCCAUUACUGUCCUGUCAUAAAGUCAUAAAAAGGUCAUUAUAUUGACAAGUGAUAAUGUUUCCAAGCUUUUAAUCAAAUAUGAUGUAACACAAAGUGUGUAUUUAUUGUACAUGUUUCAGAUUUGUGAAACAAACUGUAUAUACAUGUUCAUGCUUCAGUAUAAAAACUGUUUUAUAAUUCAUUUCUUACUUUCAUUUGUAACAAACUUUUUAUCUUUACUGUACAUUUUCAUUGCUUCAGAUUUGUUUUGAAUUGCAGUAUAUUAGUAUGGUUUAUGAUUGAGUUGAUAUUAAACAAAACAUUAAUCGUAAAGGUUACAGGGAUUUCAUAACAAGUUAAACAAACUGUUCACAAAUUUCUUCAGUUAAAAGUGAAAGUAUAUGAACAAUGAUUCAGACAGUGGAAGCUCAUUCAUUCAUUCCAGAUGGUAAAUCAACUUAUAGAAUUUCUGUCUUUUUUGUGACAUUCUUGAAGCACAAACGUCCAUACUUAUUUUCAUCUAAGAAAACAAUUUUCUUUGUUAUGAUAAUAUAAUCUUUUAGAUGACAGGAAAAUAACAGAUAUACUACAAUGCCAGUCUGGUGAUAAUGAGGAGUUGAUCUGGCUUCUACGGUUUUCUUUGAGCUCCCAUGUACCAAUUCCAAAUAAUGAGAAGGUUAUCUGUUGAUACAGUAUCUUAUUGUCGUAAUAAUUUCUAAAAUUGUAUGCCACUUGUUGAGAAUUGAUGUACAUUUCUAUGGAAAUGUGGUUUAAAAUAAAAUACUGAUUGUCUCUGUCUUAUU